CAGGCAGUCUUCCGGUACCGUGAGCUUUGUCUGAAGUAAACAGCGAGCAGAGCGGAGUAUGAGACGGAGCUGACGGCCCUGCCAGGACAAUGACAACGUGUGAGGAUCCCUCUGGCGACAGGCAGGAGCAGGGGGAUGAGUUUAUGGACAUCCUGGAGGAGAGGAGGCGGAGCAGUGACCUAGGCCAUGCCCUGCGGACCUUUACCCCCUCCCCCUACAGGGGAGCCCCUCCUCUCUCCGCUAGCGCCCUCAACAGGACGGUUCUGGAAUCACAGUACCUACGAUACGUCACCAAGGAGGUGGCCAUGGAGACUGGUGAGAGUGUGGAUCUGGUGAGAGAGGAGGCUUCGGGGAUACUGGAGGAGAUGUCUCAGAACCUCCAGCUGGGAUUCAUCAGACUGCUGGGGUUCACCCUCAGUAAAGUAUUCAAGAGGCUCUUCAGCCACAUCAACGUCAACCAGGACGGACUCAACAGGCUCCAACAGGCCAUUCAGGAGUCUCCAGUGAUCCUGAUGCCCAAUCACAGGAGUUAUGUGGACUUCCUGGUUCUGUCCUACAUCCUGUUCACCUAUGACCUGCCCAUCCCCGUUAUAGCUGCUGGAAUCCCUCUGAUGGACAUGAAGAUGGUGGGAGAGAUCCUGCGUCGUUCUGGAGCAUUCUUCAUCAGGAGGGCCAUCGGGUCUGACAAGCUGUACUGGGCUGUCCUCUCUGAGUAUGUCAAAAACAUUGUCAGGACAGGGUAUGCUCCUGUAGAGUUCUAUGUGGAGGGGUUUCGGAGCAGGACACUCAAGUCCCUCACACCCAAAUUAGGUAUGAUGCACAUGGUCCUGGAGCCGUUCUUUAAAGGGGAGGUGUAUGACAUCACCCUGGUCCCCAUCAGUAUCAGCUAUGACAGGGUCCUGGAGGAGUCUCUACUGGCACAUGAACUACUAGGGGUCCCCAAGCCCAGAGAGACCACCAUGGGCUUAUUGAAGGCUAGGAGGGUACUGGAGGAAGACUAUGGCAGUAUGCACGUGUCCUUCGGCAUGCCUCUAUCAGUCAGACAGCUGACUAAGGGGAGGGUGGACCGCUGCCAAUACAACCUCCUGCCCAGAGACCUACCCCAGAGGCCCAGCGUAGAGACCCAGGAGUGUGUGAGCUGGCUGGCCCAGCAGGUGAUACGCGUCCAGGAACAGGGCUCCAUCCUCAGCCCCUGGUCUCUCAUGGCUUGCCUGGUGCUCCAGGACCACCAGAACACACACCCAGUAUUACUACCAGGAGAGGAACCAGAGAAGGGUCUGCCCUGGGAGCUGCUCACCCAGAGGACACUGUGGCUCAAGGGGCUGGCGAUCAGCUUCGGGGCCCGCCUGGACUGGCCUGAGCAGCUAUCCGAAAACCAGGUGAUGUCAUCCAGCAUGGCCCUGCACCGCUCUGUGAUUCGCUGUCACCAGGGCCGUGUCACACUGCUGGAGGAGGAGGAGGGGCCUGUGGGGGCUGGGCCUUUCACAGCAGAGGAGGGUGUGGUCAGGCGGGCGGGGAAGGUGCUAAUGGUUGCGGCCUACAGGAACCAGGCGGUGCAUGUGUUCAUACGUCCAGCCAUGCUGGCUCUGGCCAUACACACAGCACACAGCUCACAGAGAGAGGACAUCUAUAGCUACUUCAGGUUCCUCCUGGACCUCUUCUCCAACGACUUCAUCUUCAUCACUGGCAGAUCCUCACAGGACUUUGAGGAGGCGUGUUCGUUACUCAGGAAAUGUGGAGCAGUCCAGACCAGUCAACAGGAAGUGACAUCACUAGAGGAGGGUCAGAGUACUACCUCAUUCCUGCGAGCCCUGCUACAGCCCUUCGUAGACGCCUACCAGGUGGUGUUCAGUCACCUGUGUGUGGAGGGUGUUGAGGUGUUCACAGAGAGACAGAUGUUUCCUGCCGUCCGCAGCCUGGCAUCCAAGCUCCUCUUAUCGGGAGAGCUGAAGUCUUAUGAAGCCCUGUCAUCUGAUACCCAGAAGAAUGUCCUGUCUGCUCUCCUGAGACUGGAGGCUGUGACCAGGCUGAGAACAGCUGAGCAGAGUGAGUUCAGAGCCAACAAGCCAGCCAUCAGGAGAAUAGCAGAGACUCUGGCGGGUAGACUGCCGGUACAGACCGUCCCUAACCCCAGGCUCUAAUCCUGGAGGACUGCAGACCAGACGGACAGACUGGACCCAUCCUCUGUCUCCAACCCAACACUGGGCCUGUAUUCAUACAGCAUCUUAGAGUAGAGUGUGCUGGCGAGGCCUCUAGUGCUCAGCGUCGCUCCAGACGCUGACUAUAAUCAACUGGACUGUAAAGCUGUGACCACUGUGUCAACUGUAGCUGUAUAGACCUUUAUGGCCUUACUUAGAGUGAGUGAGUGAUUCAUUUGUUAAUUAGUGAUACCGAUCCAUUACCUGUAAUCAUCUCCUAGAUCUGCUGUAAGCAUCUAGUAGAAUCAGUGAAGUUAAUUUUUGGACUCCAGACACUUCCAAUGGAGGCCACUAGAUGGCAGUCUAACCACUGAGUCAAUACACACUGUCUGAGUGGGUUUUAGUUUAACAAGAUUUUUAUGUUAUACCAAUCAUUAAAUAUAAUAUAUGCAUUGACUUAUCAGAUAUCAACAUGUGAAUUGGAAUGUUUUUUUACAUUUAAUUUCAAUUUUUUCUUUUUUUGAAGAUGUAAAUUCUUGAAUAAAAUGAAUGUCAUCUUAUCGCAAA